CUUUUCCACUUGCUGCUCCUACAUUGGAGUAUGACUGUUUGUCCUGACGUGUGACUGUUAAAAACAAUGACAACAAUUGUGAAACAGCUCCGGACAGACGGGUUUAAAACCAAGGUUUGCGCCACAUCUUCCUCUGGAGGCUGUGAUUCAUCGUUGAUCUCGACCUGAAACCCGCCUCUUCUAACUACGGCCCCACCCGUGUCCAUUAACCCCUCCCUCCGCAUGUCUUCAGGAGGCUCAAUGUAAAACCUGAACAGACUCAGGUGCGUCAGGCUCCAGAGCCAACGUCCAACUCCUGCCACAAAGACUCAGAUUGGACCAACAGGCAACAGUGAAGGAAUAUUGAUUUUCCCCUACAUGGAACACUAUUGAUACUUUUUUCCCCGUGUAUAACACUACAUAAAGAGAUCCCCUUUACCUCUGAGUGAGUCCUCUUUUCCAAAAUGAGUUGGGGGGCGCUGUACGCCCAGCUGGGAGGUGUAAACAAACACUCCACCAGUCUGGGAAAGAUCUGGCUCUCUGUCCUCUUCAUCUUCCGCAUCACCAUCCUGGUCCUGGCAGCAGAGAGCGUCUGGGGAGACGAGCAGUCCGACUUCACCUGCAACACUCAACAGCCAGGCUGCAAGAAUGUCUGCUACGACCACUUCUUUCCUGUGUCCCACAUCCGUCUGUGGUGCCUUCAGCUGAUCUUUGUGUCCACGCCGGCUCUGCUGGUGGCCAUGCACGUGGCCUACAGGAAACGUGGAGAUAAGAAGACAAUGCUGGCCUCCAACGGCACGGAGAAAAUGACAGACACAGACCUGGAAACACUGAAGAAAAGGCGCUUACCGAUCACUGGUCCUCUGUGGUGGACCUACACCUCGAGCUUGUUCUUCAGACUCAUCUUUGAGGGUGGCUUCAUGUACGCACUGUACUUCGUCUAUGAUGGUUUCCAGAUGCCCCGGCUUGUCAAGUGCGAGCAGUGGCCUUGUCCCAACAAGGUGGACUGCUUUAUUUCCAGGCCCACAGAGAAGACGGUCUUCACCAUCUUCAUGGUGUCUUCGUCAGCCAUCUGCAUGAUCCUGAACGUGGCAGAGCUCUGCUACCUCAUCAGCAAAGCGCUCAUGAGGUGCUCGGCCAGGGCUAAACUGAAAGGUAACCUCAACCAUCAUUACACCGACAGCGUGAGGCGUGAUCACGACCUGAUGCAGAACAAGAAGAACGACAUGUUGCUCUCCACCCAGACAGAUUCAACCAGCAACAAGACCAUGUGUUGAAGGAGGAACAUGAAGGAAAACCAACGCUAGUUCUUUUUCAGAUGUUGAAGUUUUACAAACAUUACAACUAUGAUGUCAAGUAACAACAGGUGUGAAACGUUCAUUACUUAUUCAACAACACCUGAAGAAAAUAAGAUAAAUGAGAGAAUGAACCCUCCUAUUGGUGGGUUUGCUGUGGUUACUAGUGGAAUUGACAGACGACGGUUAACUCCAAUGGUCUACACAUGGAAACUAGCUGCGAAUAAGAACGAAACAAGAUAAUUCAAAAUAUAACAAAAAGCAAAGCUAGCUUAGCUAGGUUAGCCUGUCUGUGACGUGUUAGCGAAAGAGGGAAAGUUGAGUUUAAAACUUCAAAAACGACUUACAUUCCAUAUCAACUUUUAAAUAGACACCAACAGAAUUGGACAGAAGGUAUUUAUAUACGGUUACCUCGUCGAGUAAGUUUAAAUGUGUCAAUUUGCGACUCUCUCUAUUUGUGUUAAAAAACGCGGAGUUUUUUCCCCCCCAGUAAGUCGACGUAUGUUAGUGUACUUACCUAUAAAAUCAUGCUCCAAAGAUGCUAAAAACAUUACAAACUGACAAUGGCAUACACAACAAACUUUUAUAGAGAUGUUUUUUUUUUUAGUUUCGAGUGUUAACGUUAAUAACAUUAUGACGCUUAAGUGGGCUAAUUCACUAAAGCUGAGUCUCCACCGCCACCUGCUGGUGAAUCCGUUUAGUGUUAAAUGAUGGAACAACAAAUGUUGUGAAAGGAUUUUUGUUAAGUUAUAUUUAUCGUGUAGUUUUCCGCAGCUUAUGUUCAAACACGCUGAAAAAAAAAUCAAAGUGACUGUAGCACAGAAAAUUACUAUAAACAUUUAUGCUUUCUAUCAGCGAUGUAUUUUGGAUUUGUGUGAAUAUGUCACUGGAAAUGGUGGAAGGUCAGACGUAGCACGGGACUGAGACGUUUGUAUAUUAAGUUUUAUCUUAAAACAAUCACUGCAGUUGUUUAAUGGAUUUGCUGUUUGGUCAAAUCUUUGGUCUACUUGAAAUGGAGGUGUUGGAAAUUGAAGUUUAGCUUUAUAAAAGGAAUGUUUAUUUUCAUUAUUUUGCAGGAAAGGGAGAAUAGAAAUGUGAAAUAUUCGUGUUCAACUGGACAUGCAGAUAUAAUCAAUAAUCACGUGACGCAGUUACAUAAAACCCUGUGAGGAAACUUGAAUUUUGUGAAGAUCGAAAAUGUUUGUUUUUGCCUCCUGAUUAUACCAAUGGCUUAUUUCAGAAUUUUUACAACGACUUAAAAAAAA